AUGAUGUGUCCAGCCUCCUGUUUUCCUCUGCUGGGUAAGCUCCCUCAGUGGCCCUGCCUGCUCAGCUGGUCCCAGUGUCAGAAUGGGGCCGUGGAUGCCUGGCAAACGACCAGCACCGGGGUCACAGAGGUCAUGCCGCCCAUCUGUCCCGAUAAACCUUCAUCCUGGAGGAAGUCUACAGGUGUCGGCUGCAUCCAGUCACAGUUGGUAAACACAGACCACCAGAAGGAGGUAUCAGAGCUCCAGCCUUGUACUUGCCCCUACAGCUCGUCCUGCCAAUGGCAGGGGAUUCUGGGAAGUGUAGUUCCCCACCUGAUCCAGGCCCAUCAGCCCAUCACAGAUCAGGAAGGUGAGGAGGUCCUCUUCCUCAUUAGCAACAUCAACGUGCCGGACAGGGUGGACUCGGUAAUGCUGCAGUCCUGUUUUGAACAGAAGUUUGUGUUGGUGGUGAAGAAAGAGGCUGUGGUGCGUGGCAGCCCUACAUCCUUCUUUGCCGCUCUGCUGUUUGUCGGCGUGAGCGAGGUGGCCGAGGGCUUCGUCUACCGCUUGGAGCUGAGGGGGAACCGCCGGCGUCUCAUGUGGGAGGCCACACCACGGGCCAUCCAGCGUGGCCUGGCCAACGCGGUCACAGACUCAGACUGCAUGGUGUUCGACUCCGCCGUGGCCAACCUCUUCACAGACUCAGGGACACUGGGCAUUCACGUCUCCAUCUCCAGAUCUUGCUCCGUCGCUGACCCCACCUUAAGAGCUCAGAUAUUCCCUCAACAUAGACACUCGACAGGGAAGGCAACUCCGGCCUCCCUGAUGCAGGGUAGCCCAAACCCAAAGGCCACAUGAGGCUGGGCACUUUGACCUCAAUGCAACUCUGAACAAUAAACAUUGAAGAAAUUGAAGCUGUUUGAUGGCUGCUGGUGAUGGAUACAAACAUAAUGAAGGGAAAUGAAUCAGGAUCUUUUUCAGUAGUUUACCACUGUAACCCAGGCUGCAGCCAAGAUAACAAUCUGCCAUAUGUGUAGAUUCAUAUCUCUUCUCUUGAUAGUUGAUAUCUAAUUCAAUCUUAUUUUAAGAACCAACAGCAUUUACCUGAAUCCUGUAUUUCUAUGGCAAAAACCAGGAGAACCUACCUCUUAUGUCUGCAUUGUACGGCAACAGGGUAUUGGAGUGGGCACAGUGUCUUUUGAAGAGCCAUCCUCUUACUUCUAUUCUGGAUUUUGUUAACCACUUUAAAAAUGUGAAAAUCAUAACAUACUUUUUGCUAAGCCUCUUGCAAAGACUAUUUGUCCAUUAAUGGACUGUUACAACUCUUUCCAAACUGUAGCAUCUGUCUUCAUGUCGAACAAUAGGGGACAAAGCUUAGGUCAAGAGUAGAUUAUCUAGAAUAAAAUCAAAUAAAAUAUUUCAUAUGUAUUACA